AUGACUUCAGAUUCAGAUGAAGCCAGAGCUCUCCAACCUCCCUUUAUUCCCAUCGACGGCCUGACUAACUUCCGCGACAUAGGCGGCUGGCCAAUUCCAUCUCCCUCCUCUGCCCCAUCUUCUGCGUCCAUAAGAGUCCGCACCGGUAUCCUCUACCGCGGCCCCGAUCUAACUCCUCUCACCCCCACCGGCACAAGCCACCUGAAAUCCCUACACAUAACUACUAUAUUUGACCUCCGCAGCACGCCGCAAAUAUCCCGCGCCGGCGGCAUAAAACAAAUCGAAGGCAUAAGCCGUGUCUGGUGCCCCGUAUUUGGCGAAGACGAGUACACGCCCGAGAAGGCUGGAAUGAGGUAUAUGCAAUACUGUAGCCCUGGAACCGAAGGCAUCGUAACCGCAUUCCUCGAAAUCCUCUCCCGCGGCGCCCUACCGGCCUUCCGCCCCAUCCUCCUCCACCUCGCCUCGCCCUCCCCAGAACCGUGCCUCAUCCAUUGCACGACAGGCAAUAACCGCUCCGGCGUAUUCACCGGGAUCCUGCUCUCUCUGCUCGGCGUCAGCGCCGAGGUCGUGGCGCGGGAAUAUGCGUUGAGCGAGCUUGAGUUGCGGGGGAGUCGGGAGGCGGUUGUGGAGCGGUUGUUGGGGAAUCCGAGGUUUAGGGACGUGGUGGGGGGUUCGAGGGAGAGCGCGAGGCGCAUGGUGGGCGCGAGGGGGGAGAGUAUGCUGCAUCUGCUGGGGAGGGUGGAGGGGGAGUGGGGUGGCGCGGAGGGGUGGGUUAGGGAGGUGGUGGGGUUGAGUGGGGAGGAGAUUCAGAGAGUGAGAGAUGGGUUGACGGUUCGUAUGUAG